CGCAUCCGUGCCGGGCCGUCCCGCCGAGCCGCCGCCGCCGCCGUGGUCUCGAGCACCGCCGCGGAGCAGAGGGAGGAGAGGCAGCACGGACGCGCCGUCCAGCCGCGCGGAGCCGGCCCAGCGCCGCCGCCGGGGCGGUGCCCCGGGAGCGCCCUGCUGCUGCUGCUUCUUCUUCUUGCUCGGCGCUGCGCGGAGCGGGGCGCGGAGCGCUAGCGGAGCCGCGGGGACGAAGAGGAGGAAGAAGAGGCGGCGGCCGCCGCCCGGUAACGCGGCUCCUGCACCGGCAGGGCGGAGGCGCGAGGCGUUUCCCGAGGAGCCGCGGCCAUGUGGGGAGCCGGGCAGGACGGACGGGGUGCGGUGGUGCCAGUAGGGAAAGGAGGGAUGGCUAGAAGGAGGGAGGCGCCGGGCGCGCUCCGCCGCCACCGCCGCCGCGCCCCGCUCGGCACUGCGCGGUCCUGUCGCCGUCGCUCCCUCUUAUCAUCUCACUUCGCGGGCGCGCCGCCCCCGCCGCCAUGGCGACGGCGACAACAAACGGACAUGUGGGGAAAAGGGGGGGACGGGGCGGGACGGGCCAGGGGAGCGCCCGGAAAGAGCGGGGGCUCCGCCCCGGGUGCCCCGUGACGCGGCCGCGGGCGGUGAUGCUGGCGCGGGGGGCGGGACACAGGGACAAACGCGCCGGGGAUGCCCGCGCGCCGCGGGGUCUCCCGCAUCGGCGGCAGGGUGGGAACUCCCGUCGGGAAUCGUCGGCCCCGCGUAGAAGGGAAGGAGGUGGAACGGAGCGUCCCGAGCGGCCGGCAGGGCCGCUCUGCCUCUCCGCCUUCCCCCUAGACUUUCCUUCACACGACCCGUGCCAGCCCUGGGCUAUUCUCGACUCCUCUAUCGCCGGGACGCAGCGGUCCGGGAAGCCGCGGUCGAGCAGCCCGCACUCCCGGCUGUGCCGGAGGCGCGGUGGGUGCCAGGCUGGGAGUAGUCAGAAAAGAAAAGAAAGGAAAAGAAAAGAAAAGAAAAGAAAAGAAAAGAAAAGAAAAGAAAAGAAAAGAAAAGAAAUUAGAGAAAACUACAAAACCAUCCCCAAAUUUAGCACAGCCCCGAGGGGAACCGCAGAGAACGGCCCGAGUUCCUCCAGAGGGCAAUGGCGAGCCGGCGCCGCGCCCCGGCGCCGCGCAGACCCGACGGGUCGUGUCGCGGUGCUCCCCGAUGGGCUCCGUCCUGCCCCGGUGGGCCGUGUCCUUGCUCCUCCCGAGCUGUCCCGGUCGGUGCAGCGGGGUCUGCGGGCCCCCCGGCAGCCUUCCCGCUGCCCCCCGGCAGCCUUCCCGCUGCCCCCCGGCAGCCUUCCCGCUGCCCCCCGGCAGCCUUCCCGCUGCCCCCCGGCGCCGCCGGCCGCUCUCCAGAACUGGUCGGGCCGGAGGGGUGAAGUCCCAGCUCUGCGUGAUUUGCAAACAUGAGCCUGAGUAACUUACGAUGACUGAAUUAAACCUUAAAAUAAUAAUAAAAUGCCGUGCUUUAUUUUGCCUAACCGGUUUUGCCGGUUUUGUGUUAUGAGUGUUAAUUAUUAAUAACUUUGGCACUAAAAAGCAGAGCGUUGUUUGUUUCUUUGGUGGUUUUUUUGGGUUUUUUUUGUUUUGUUUUUUUUUUUUUUUUGUUUUGUUUGUUUGUUUGUUUGUUUGUUUAUUUGUUUUGUUUUGUUUUGGUUUUGUUUUUUUCUGCUCAAAGUCCGUGUCUUGGCAGAGGAUGUGCCAGGAACUUACAGGUACAAAAAGGAUUAGUGUGAGGAGAUGAAGGCUGGUGAAAUACAGGACUAUGCCCAAAAAGGGAAGGGAGGCACCUUCCCCGUUCAGAGGUGCAGGGCUGGGUUCUGCUCAACCCUCUCGGAGCAGGUCCCAGCUGUGACUCUCAGGGCUUGUGCUCUAAGACUCUCUGACAACCACUCUGCGUAUCCAGACUGAAUGCACACAGCUUUAGGUCUAAACCUCCCUUCUACCUUAGUCUCAGGAGAAGGUCCCUGAUGUGGAGGUUUGCAACUCUCUGAACAUUUUUUCCCCAUCAGUUUUUUGUUUCUUUCCUCUCAUUGUAAAUUUUUUAAUUUACAGAUCUCACAAGCCAUGCAGCAUUUUCCUGGUCCAGAUUUCAAAUGCAGGAUCAUUUGAGGCCAACAUCAAAAUUGAAAUCACAUCCCUUAUUAGAAACUGGAGAACAAGAAUGCUUCAAAAGCAGAUAAGUGAUCUGAUAUCUUUGAAAUAAAUGCCAGAACUUCACGGGUUCCAGGAAGAGAAGUUUUGAAUAUUGCAGACUGAAAUAAAACAGGUUUGCUUUCACAAUCUUUCAUUAAAAUAGUUUUGAUUACCAUGUUUCUGGAUAAUUGAGGCAAGACACGUGUGAGGUAUGUGUAAAUUUCAUGUUAAAAAGAUGUGGCCCACUUUCAUCUGAGUCUUGAUUUUGAACUGAGUAAAUGUUGGCAGGGUGCUUAAAAAACUGGAUGUUUGAAGGCAUUGGUAAGUCUAAUGACACCUGCAUUUGAACAUCCCGCAUAAAGAUCAACACAUUCUUUUUUUCACUAAUGAGGCACACUAGUGAUUUCUUCCCUAAAAUGAUAAGGAGUGAGAUUUAAUGAUCCCAAGUGUGGAAAUUUGUAACUGCUCACAACUAAUGCUUUCCCAGCCUACAUAACAACCUAAAUGCUGUUUUCUUAGGACAGAUUUUUUUAACAUGCCUUCUCUUGCCAGCUGACCAUUUCUCCCAAGUCUCAGUUUGCUUUAAAUUUCCCAAUUUUCUCUAAAACUUUCCUUCCACUAACUCAGAACACAGCAUGUUUCUGUGCUGUUCAAAGCCGACUUUGGGGAUUGCCUAACUCAGAUAGAGAAUUGCACAGAAUUUGUGUCCCUGUUGCCUUGGG